AUGCUUAGAAUAGCUACGGAGAAUGCGGAGAUAAUUUCUUCGUUAUCUUUGGCGGCAUCGCCUAACGAUACUGGCCCGAGGUCUCCAAGUCGGACGUCAUUUGUGCUGUCCGAGCACCACCACGUUAAGGCUCCGAAUGGUGGGCAGUCUGCUGCAGCGGGUGGCGUGGCUGUAAGACAUGUGCGCCGCUCACAUGCAGGGAAAUCUAUACGAGUUAAGAAGGAUGGCGCUGGCGGUAAAGGUACCUGGGGAAAACUCCUUGAUACUGAUAGUGAAUCUUUUCUUGAUCAUAACGAUCCCAACUAUGACAGUGGCGAGGAGCCAUAUGAGCUUGUUGGAUCAACUGUCUCUGAUCCGUUGGAUGAAUACAAGAAAGCCGUGGUGUCCAUCAUAGAGGAAUACUUCAGCACUGGUGAUGUAGAAGUUGCUGCUUCUUGUCUCAAGGAACUAGGAUCGAGUGAGUAUCAUCCCUACUUUGUUAAGCGCCUUGUGUCCAUUGCCAUGGACAGACAUGACAAAGAGAAGGAGAUGGCUUCAGUUCUGCUCUCAACUCUUUAUGCCAAUGUUAUCUACUCAACCCAGAUUCGUCAAGGGUUUUUCAUGCUUCUUGAAUCUGCUGAUGAUCUGUCCGUGGACAUAUUGGAUACCGUUGACAUCCUUGCUUUAUUCAUUGCUCGAGCAGUGGUUGACGAUAUUCUACCUCCGUCUUUCAUCCCCAGGGCCCGAAAAAUGCUUCUAGAGACCUCCAAGGGAUUCGAGGUGAUGCAAACUGCGGAGAAAAGCUAUCUAUCGGCACCGCAUCAUGCAGAACUUGUGGAGAGGCGAUGGGGUAGUACACAUCUAACCGUUGAAGAAGUGAAGAAAAAGAUAGCUGAGCUUUUAAGGGAAUAUGUAGAGAAUGGAGAUACUUCUGAAGCCUGUAGGUGUAUUAGACAGUUGGGUGUUCCAUUUUUUCAUCAUGAAGUUGUGAAAAGAUCAUUAGUUCUAGCAAUGGAGAUAAGUACAGCAGAACCGCUCAUCCGGAAACUACUAAAGGAGGCAGCAGACGAGGGUCUGAUAAGUUCGAGUCAAAUGGUGAAAGGUUUUACUCGAUUAGCUGAGAGCCUUGAUGAUCUUGCCCUUGAUAUUCCUUCUGCAAAGACCUUGUUCCAAACCUUUGUUUCUCAGGCAAUAUCUGAGGGAUGGCUUGAUGCAUCUUACUUAAAACCUUUGGGCGAGAAUGGAGAGAAACCGGACAAAAAUGAUGAGAACUUAUUCCGCUACAAGGAAGAGGUUGUUACCAUUAUUCAUGAGUACUUCCUCUCUGAUGAUAUUCCUGAAUUGAUUCGGAGUUUGGAAGAUCUUGGGACACCCGAGCAUAAUCCAAUUUUUCUCAAGAAGCUGAUCAGUUUAGCCAUGGACAGGAAAAAUAGAGAGAAGGAGAUGGCAUCAGUUUUGCUUUCAGCACUUCAUAUUGAGAUCUUCUCGACUGAAGACAUGGUCAAUGGCUUUGUUAUGCUUUUGGAAUCUGCGGAAGAUACUGCACUCGACAUUUUAGAUGCUUCAAAUGAACUCGCUUUUUUCCUGGCAAGGGCUGUUAUAGAUGAUGUCCUCGCUCCCUUGAAUGUGGAAGAGAUUGCCAGUAAGUUGCCACCAAAUUGCAGCGGAAGUGAAACCGUGCAUAUGGCUCAAUCACUUGUAGCAGCGCGUCAUGCUGGGGAGAGAAUCCUGAGGUGUUGGGGCGGAGGUACAGGCUGGGCAGUGGAGGAUGCGAAGGACAAGAUUCAGAAGCUUCUAGAAGAGUACGAAAGUGGUGGCGUUGUCAGUGAAGCUUGUCAAUGCAUUCGUGAUCUGAGCAUGCCUUUCUUUAAUCAUGAGGUGGUGAAGAAAACUUUGGUUAUGGCAAUGGAGAAGAAAAACGACGGUAUGCUGGAUUUGCUCCAAGAGUGCUUCGGUGAGGGACUGAUAACUAUCACUCAGAUGACUAAAGGUUUCAACAGGAUCAAGGACGGGCUAGAUGAUCUGGCUCUUGACAUUCCAAAUGCACAGGAUAAGUUCGAGUUUUAUGUGGACUGUGCUCGUGAAAGAGGCUGGCUCUUACCGGCAUUUGGUUCAACUGCCACAGAUGUUGUGGCGAGCAUUACCGUGAGUUCUUGA